AUGUCCACGUACGAAGGAUCGAGGCAGUUCCUGCAGCAGGAGUCGAGCGAUGGAGUGUCGCUGUACACUCACCUGGCGAACGUUUUACUGAAGGUGUUGAGUGAGAGACCGUCAGAUGCGUCAGCGGUCUUCGAGCACCUCAGCGCCUCCGUCAAGGAGGGUACGGUGAAGCCGGACAGCACGACGCCGUCGAUGGGCCAACAGUCCGCCGCGGCGGAGCAGCUCAAGUGGGCUCAGAGCAACCAGGCGCUUUUCGCGGUGCCCGACGAGCCUCCGGAGGGGGGAGCGGUGGUGCCCGACAUGCUAGACGAAGCCAACAUGUGGGAGUGGGGAGGGGUGUCGUUCGGGCGACUGGAGACGUAUCGCUUGUACCUCUCCGUAAAAAAGCUUGCCGAAUCUCUUCCCGGUGAGCACGAGUCCUUGCGGUUCUGGGGCAAGAUCACGACCAGAGGGGACGACUACGUCGUGGUGGAAGGGAAGGCACUAGACGAGACGUUGGGAGAGUUCGACGAAGCUCUGCAGGAGGGCAAGGACGGGGGGAACCGCUGUACCUACUGGGUGGCGCGCUCACCCGGCAGGGAGUGGAAGGAGCUCCCGCCCGUCACGCAGGCGCAGAUCACAGCCGCCCGCAAGAUCAAGCGAUACUUUACGGGAGACUUGGAGUCGCCCGUCCAAGGGUACCCACCCUUCCCGGGGACCGAGAUCAACCUUCUGCGGGCCCAGAUCGCGCGCAUCACUGCCGGAGCUUGCGUUAGCCCCGCUGGGUUCUUCGAGGUUGAUGAGGACGCAGAGCCGGCCAGCAUUAAGGUAGCUGAGGACGAAUCGAUCAACGAGGCGUUUCCGAAAGCGGUGGAGGAGCUCAUGACGACGGAUGGCUGGGUGCACCACGAAUUCGAGCUCAACACGCUUGGCAGGUGUCGGCCAAUGCCCGAGAAGCUCGACGACGAGGGCAACCCUAUCGAAGAAGAGGACCCUCCCGAAGAGGUUGCGCCUCUCCGAUCCCUCGCGGAAGACUCGGAGGGGUCGUGGGGGUUCAGAACAUGUCCUGCAGGAGCAGGGCAGUCGGCCAACGCGAUGGUCGUGGCCAAGUCUCUCCGGUGGCCCGGAGCAAUCGCCGUGGCGUUCGGCAAGCGUUUCACCAACGUCUACUCCGGGGACGGUGUCAAGUUCGGAGGGGAGGGGCCAUUCCAGCCCUCCCUGCCGCCGAUGCUGCAGCCGGAGUGGACCCCCGGGGAGGACGAGGAGGGACUCGUCGAGCAGGCGGACGUGCUGGUCGACCCCAACCCGCCGGAAGGAGAGGAGGAGGAGGACGAGUGA